UUAUUUCAGGUGCGGGUUGUUCUCAAAUAUCGACACUGUGAUGGGAACCUCUGUAUCAAAGUAACGGAUGAUGUAGCUUGUUUGCUGUAUAGAACAGACCAGGCUCAAGAUGUAAAGAAGAUCGAGAAAUUCCACAGUCAGCUAAUGCGACUCAUGGUGGCUAAGGAAUCCCGCAGUGCUGCCAUGGAAACAGACUGAAUUGCUGAAAACAAAAUGAGUGCUCCGGUCAUGUUUCACUGGAAGAAAAUAUCACUUGGAUUUGAGCAAAUACUGGGACAGGAGAUGCUUUUAUGUACCAAAGUGAACUGAUGCAAAGCCUGAAGCUUUUUUCCCCAGACUUCACUUUGGAAAACUAGGAAAAUAAAUGCUUUCAAUUGAAAGCUUAUAUUUAUUUUUGGAAAUUGAACAAGAAACUAUUCUUACGUGUUAAAUAUGCUGAGAAGACAUGUAAAUCUUUCUAAAUCUGCAAUACUUUAUUUGAUGGGCAGCAAGCAUAUUUCUGGAAGUUAAUGAUACGGUUUCAUAUAGAUUGCAUUGUGUUCAUAUCUUAUGCUGGUGUAUUCUCACAGUGAGAAGGUUUAUUAACCUGACUAAUACUGUAGCGUGAUGACUGGAUUUAAUAACAAUAUAUAUAAAUGGUAUAUGUCAGUGGGUUUUAGAAGAACAGAUGUUUUCUGGACUAAAAUGUUAAAAUUGCCAAUAUAUAUUAGCACUGUCACUAGCAAGAUUUUAGCUUUUAUUAUUGAUCUUGAUCGUAAGCUGUGCAACGUGAUCUGUGGUGCAGUUUGUAGAACUGUUAUAUUGGCUAAGUAAUUAAACUUCUGUAUUUGAAACAGUAAGUAAAACCUUACUUGAAUACUGCUAGAUAUAUGGAAGCUGGGAGUCUCUUUUCCACUUAAUCAAAUAUUGAUAUUUUUAAAAAAUGGCUUUUUUUCCUAAUAGUGAGCUACUUUGUACUAGCAGCAGGGACCUUUCCUAUCCUGGCCUCAGGCAGAGUUGAAGUACAUCAGCAAGGCAAAUGCUAGAAGCUGUUGCCUACUAUAUUAAUGGAAAAAUACAACUAAACAUUAUCCAGACUCUAUAUUUUAGCAGCUUGCUAACUGUGCAUUUUCAAAUAUUAUGUGUGGCAGAUAAAUGUCAGCCAACUAAAUAAAUGAAUGAAAACCA